UGGGAAAUAUAAAAUUUGUUAAAUAAACAUAAUUGUGUAGUCUGUAGAGUCACCGUGUAUAAAGUUUUUAGGUGAAGAGAUUAAUUUAUUAGAAUUGCUAUGGGCUUCUCUAAAAUCCCGAACUGCCAAAUUCAGCCGGAAAUAUGGUUAAUCGUAAACCGGAAAUGGAGCCGCUGCAACUCGAUUCAUCAGCUUUUGGAUCUGGUGCAAGGCAUUUGCGUGCGUUGUCCGUGACACUGCUCGCAGUCUUAACUCAUAAUAAUCGCGAUUCGUGCGCAUCGUUCAACUGCGACGAAUUUCGCGCGUAGACUAUAUCUAGAGCCGAGGACGCGGACGAGGCUAGCGUAGUGCAUGCAAAGCAUUCUCUGCCAGUAGUACCCGGCGAAGCUCUAGGAAGCUCUCGCUUCCACCCACGUUUCGUGUUCCUAUCUUUCAUCUUCUUAUUGUGAUUCCGCAUUCGUCGGGUGAACAGCCUCCUUCCUAGUCUAGCCUAUUGCGAUUGGUGCGACGCGAGGAGAGCUGAAUUUCAAAUCUGGAGAGAGCGGCCGACCGCGACUGACUAUUACCCCUUAUUCGCCUGGCCUCCCCUCACCAGCAACUUCACUCCCUACUGGACUCUCUGUACAUGACUUUUACUACUGCACAGGGCUGUCCAAGAACAUAACAAAAUUGGGUCAAAUUUGAGUCUGAGUGUGAGGCCAGAGGGGCCUCGGAUGGCUUUUGUGGGCCGAAGGUUUGGACAUUCUGGACAGGCCUGAUCUAGCAGACUGGCCAAUGGGCCGCAAGAAGUGUUGUUUUCUCCCUUAAACGUCUGUAAUUCGUAUUAAAAGCGCAAGUGAGAAUCAGCGGGGUCAAUCAUGAAUCUUAUGUUCCGCAAGAAUUUCGCGGCCGACAAGGGUCUGGGCUCAAGCGAGCGCACGGGCAGCGGGGCUGGAGGUGGCCCGGGACUGGGCGGUGGAGGGGGCGGCGUUGGGUCAGGCGGAACUCGUUUGGGUCGAGGUGGCGCAGUUGGCGCGGGUCGUGGACCAAUCCGAAGGAGCAGAGAAUUUGGAUAUUCUCCAAUGGACAAUGACCACUCGAGCUACUCUUAUCGCACUCAUCUCUUCCUGUCGCCCCCCGCAGGUGGAAACGGUCUAGGCCCGGAUGAACCCGCAGAGAGAUUGGGUCCAGGCCCCAGGCGCAAUUCAGGACCACAUGUCAUCAAGUGGGGAGGCGGCCUAGGGGCCAAUCAAAAUAAGCGGAAGUCCAGUGCUAUCCAGAAAGACACAAAUGAACUCCCCACUCCAACUGCGUCCAGACAGGUUUCAUUUAAUGGUAACAGAACAAUGGGAACCUAUACACCAUUGGUGGUUUCCGGAAAUAGUCCACCACGUGGAGAACCGAUUUCUUUGGCUACGUUGGAAAAAGAUUGCUUCAUCAUUCCCCUUGCCGCCCUGGAAAGAUUUCUUCCUGCAGGAGUGCCGCAUGCGCCUAUCACAGAUAAAAAGAGGCCAGGAAGCCCUCUUUCUGUUUUGGAAGUGGAGGACCCGAAACAAUGUGUCCUGGCACAUUUUAUGUCACCUCUGGAACCACUGGACCCAAUUGUCGAAUCUCCUGUUUCGAAACCGCUGGUACUGCAGCGGGAUACUGCUGCAGAAUUAGUCGCCGAAAUUGCACCCUCUGCCUCGCAAAGCAUUCUGCUCACGAACAUGGAGAGAAACGCGGACUUUCCAUUCAUCACCUACUACCUAAUAAACAAACAGAACACCGACAUCUUAGAAUUUUAUCAAGAAGUUCAGUGCGCAGCUCUGAGAAAAUUUGACCCAAGAGAUCUCCGAUAUGCUGCCAAUCACAAUCUGGACUUAUUUAACGAGGUUGCCACAAUAGCUAGGCCACCACUGGAACCACCUGGAGGAAGGCCACCAAUUCCGUCCACCGGUUACAUUGUUUCCAUAUUUAAAGUGUUCGAAGGAGACGAUGGACUCAAAUUUGAACAAAACUGGCUCUAUUGGACUGGAGCCCGAAUGAUAUAUCGAUACCUGCCAAAAUCUGUGGGUCUAAGGCGCAUCACACUUCACAAAUCUAUGUCUCAGGGUGACAAAACCUACUUAUUAAUUUGCGAGUGUUCACAGCUACAAGAUAACCUUUCAGCAGCUGCAAUUUUAUUACCAGCUCUACGAGCUCGUCUCUGUGGGUACAUUGGCCUAUACAGGCCCUCUGUCUGUUUCUGAUUUUACAAAUGGUGCAAUCUUGAGAUCUUGAAACCUUUACCUAAAUCCUGUAUCGUCAACCUCAACAUCAACCUUAUUUUCAACCUUACAGGUCAAUUUUAUACUCCAGAAAAUGCGUAAGAAUCCUUCUUACAAAUCGAAAUAAGUGAAACAAUUAUUAUUGCAAUAGGUAAUCAAAUAGGCGACGAAUUUUUACAUACUCUCUACAUAAUAAUAAUUACAACAUAUCAUACAUUCGAUAAACUGUGAUAUCCCACGAUGCAUAUAUAUCACAAGUAUUCAAUUGUAAAUUCUCUAGCGGCUGUAAUUUCAAUCUAGAUAGAAAUUUUAAUGAGACUUGUGUCUUUAAACUUGAUUAAUUAUUUGGAAAUGUAGGACUUGAAGGGCACGUAAGUUUAUCGCCGAACGACUCCACUUCACCGGGUAAGGGCUUGUGAAAAUUGUACUUUACUAAUAAGGUGGGCUUUGAAUCACUAUAAACUUAUCGCAUCCAGUGAUAACCCGCGGAUGCCCACGACUUUUUUUAGAAUUACUCACAUUUGUCUGCACGUUUGGCCAGUGGAAAGGAAAACUGCAGAAAACCCAUCUUCUCGAGUACAGCCAGUUUUCCGACUGCCGAUUUAGAAUGGAGUGUACACAGUCAUCCUCGUCGUUAAACCUUCCGCUCCUAGGCGUAUGACAUGCCCUUGCAAUCCUUGUUUGUUAGAAAGGUUAUUAUUAAGUCGUUAUCAGUUUGAAAGUAGAAGUAUAAAACGUUUAAAUUUCUAAGCAAGUCUAAUCGAGAGUCGAAGUGAAUUGAUAAAACUCAGAAUUUUGACCAGAUUAAAUUAUUCAUAGAAAAACGAGAAGAAAAAAUAGACCACUUUAAAACUUCGACGCUUUUAAAAUCUACAGUGAAUGCCAAUUUAAUCUUUAUACCAGGAUCUAGAUUUCGAAGAUUCUACGAACCGCUCAGCGGUCACUCUAUAAUUUCUUAUGUCGAAUAAAUUUCUAUUAGAGUCUAUUCAAAACGAAUGAAAUAAAGAUUGUAAGUUUCUAUCCAGACCGUAGUGAUAACUAUUUUUCAUUCUAUCUAUCGACUAUAUCAGAUUUGAUCCGAGUAUUCUACGAUCAAUUUUUAGAAGCUGAUUCUCUAGAAAAAAGCGAGAGCCUUUAGAAAAGAAGAGAGAAGACAAUUAGAGAAUAAGGUAUUGAAAUCUUUUUAGAAAGAAGGAAACUAGUGUGACUUGGCAUUUUAGUACAAAAAGUUAGUAUAUAAGCUUGGAUGCCUACAGACAAUAGUUAGAAAUAUUGCGCAGGCGCAGUUUGUUACUAACAUAUGAUAGAUUUUUAUUGAAAAAUAUCCAUUUACUAACAUUUCUAGUGUGUAACAUUCACGGACCAUGGAACAAGUGCUCCACCGAAAAGAGCCUUGAAAAUGUACUGUGAUUCAUUUUCGGAAUUGUAAUUGUGAAAGAUCAAAAAAGUUUCCCAGAAUUUAGAAAACUACAAAAAUUAUUCUUAUUCAGUUUGAAAAAGGAAAGAAAAAGCGUAUUAAAAAAAGUUAAAAGUUGACAACAAAAGACUAAAAUUAGGCUGGACAAAAUCUAGCAGUUUGAUUCAAUUUAGUUUUAAAGAUUUUAAACCAAGUUUAAAACCUCUACGAUCUUUGAAAUUCAGAACACAAGUAGAUGGUUUCUAAAAUUCCAAUUCGAAUUUUUACGAUAGUCUUUUCUUCUGGAGUUCUUAGAGAAUAAAUUAACUAAAUUAAAAGCCAAUUUUAUCAAAUGUCAUUAUUAAAAUACAGGUUUAGAUUUUUUAAUUUUAAAAUUCCUGAAAAAGCAAUACAUUUGUUCAAAUUUGCAUUCCUUUGAACUGAAAAAUUAAACAUUUUCAUAAAUUCUGAAAAGGAAGAUGGAGAACUAAUAUUUUUAUUCUCAAGAGUGUAUUCUUACAUUGGAACCCUAUUUCUGAAUAUUACGAUUUGAGUUUCUUACGAUUUUUUGUUAAAAAGAUCAUUACUCCUUGUUUCCGAGAUCCCGAAAUACUGUAUAGAAACCUGAAAAAAUAAUCUAAUUAAAAUCUAUCAUUUUUAUUAUAACGCGUCUAAUUCUAUUUAUAUUAUGCAUUUUUGAAAAUGCAGCAAAAGUCUUUACAAGUCAAAUAAAAGCACAAUUUAAUUUUGGGAAAAAUAACAAAUAUUUUCCGUUUAUGUUAAAUUAAAUCAAAUCUAUCAAACUUUGCUAAAUACUUUCACACUUACACUUCUAGUGUCAAACAUAAACUGUGAUUACAUCGUUCGAAGUUUUAUCAAAUACGCAAAAAAUAAAAUAGGCGUUGAAAACAGUUGCUUCGCCUUUAUUCUUGAAUUGAAAAAAAAUACAGAAACAAACAUUUUCAAAAUCGCUUGAAAAGCAUAAAACCUCUUAAAACUCAAUUUCUGACAGCAAUUUUGUGCCAGAACUCUGGAAAUUGUAAGCUAAUUGUAGGAUUACAAUCUAAAUCUAAAGAAGAGACCUACUUUAAUCGAAGAUUUAUUAAAUCAUGUACAACGAAUGAGAAAACAAUGAUAAUAAAACAUUUCUGAGAAU